AUGCAUAGAGCUCGUGAUCGAUCCAUUGUGCCUUUUGACCCGGAAAUCAGAAGGACUCUUUCAAAGAGAAGAAUUGCUAGUGGAUCCUUUGAAUUUAGUUCUUCGAGCGAAGAAGGAUUUGAAGAGGAACUAGGCAUGGGAGAUCAACCUAGAGUUGCUUUGAAAGAAUUGGGAAUUCCCGGUGCGUACAUGUUUGAGAGUAGAAUUACUCCACCUACAACACCGGUGAAUGACUUCGAAAUUAGGCCAGCUAUGGUCGCUUUGAUCGAAAGGAGAAAAUAUAGCGUAGCUAAGAAUGAGAGCCGAGCCUUGGAGUGGUUGGAUAAGGAGGUAAAGCCAAAUUCCCUUCUAACAUGGGAUGAAGUCACCAAGGAAUUCUUAUCCCGAUUCUACCCACAAAAGAAAACGGCGGAGGCUAGAGCUUUGAUUCAAGGGUUCAAGCAAAGACCUAAUGAAAGCCUCUACGAAGCAUGUGAGAGGUAUAAAGAGUACCAAAGGGAAUGUCCCCACCACGGAAUUCUAACUUAUCAAGUCAUUCAAAUUUUCUAUGGUGGCCUAAGUCCUCAAGGAAAAUCAUACCUCGAUGGGGGUGCCGGAGGUCCCAUAAUGAAUCGGACGGAAGAGGAAGUGGUGGACAUUAUAGAGGACGUGGUUAAGUACUAUAGAGAUUGGCAAGAUAGUGAGAGGGAUUUAACUAGUAAGAGUGGCUCUUUGGUGUACUCUAUAGACCAUCUAAAUGCGAUCAAAAACUUAUCCUCACAAAUGACAAACUUGGGGAAAGAAAUGACCGCAAUCAAGGCCAAGUUGGAAGGUUCCUUUUCUUCUCAAGCUUCGAAUUCUCCCUCCCAAUUUAAGGGGAGAGGUACCUUUUCUAACUCUCAACCCCCUCCCUCUUCAAAUAAUAUGCCUUGUGGUUGCUUGUUUUGCGAUGCAUGUGGACCUUAUGAUCAUGACUCUUGUAAUUGCCCUCAUGCUUCUCCGGAAUGUGGUGAUGAUUUUGAUAAUAGUGAGAGUGAGCAUGUGAAUGAUGUGUCAAAUAAUAAUGAGCAAAGGAGUGGUAAGGUUCUUGAGGAGAGAUUGCCAAGGAGGAGUGAUAACAAGGAGGUCCCCAAGGAAGUUUUGGUUGAGAAUGAGGGAAGUAGAGCAUCUUUAGAUGAGGUUGUGGUUGAGACACCAAGAGAGGUGAGAGUGGAGAAAGAGAUUGUGAAACCCAAGCUCCCUUAUCCCCAAAAAUUCAUGAGACACAAAUUGGAUGAGAAAUUUGGGAGAUUUAUUUAUAUGCUCAAACAACUUCACCUUUCUCUACCUUUCACCGAUGUGAUCAACCAAAUGCCUAAUUAUGCCAAAUUCCUCAAAGACAUUUUGAGCAGAAAGAGGAUUUGUGAUUGUUGUGGAGACAAUAAAUUUGACUGA